GACUAUUUCAUUCCUAUUUUUGUUCCAAAUUGCCUUUGCUUAAACCCAAAAUAAACCCUCGGAAACUGAAACAGCUGCCCUGUCGAGGAUCUGCUCUGGCCGGAGAUAGAUUUUGGGUGCUCUGUCUGCGACUGUGGGUGUGUGGGUUGUGAAAGUCUCAACCUUUGGAACGGAAGAGAGAAGAGAAAUAUGAGAUUCAAGAAGCAGAAGCGUCACAGGAAGACAGUGAGAUUUUUCUCAGUGUGCUUCGGGUUCAGGCAGCCCUUCAAGGUUCUCUGCGAUGGAACUUUUGUUCAUCACCUUCUUCACAAUGACUUAAUACCCGCCGACAAGGCUCUCUCCAAUUGUCUUUCUGCCCCUGUCAAGCUUUUCACCACCAGCUGUGUUCUGGGGGAGCUGAAAACGCUUGGUGCUUCACAGUCUGCGUCCUUCCAAGCAGCUCGUAAACUCGCAAUUGCAAGAUGUGAUCAUGAGAAGAGGGUUAGUGCCGAUGCUUGCAUUGCGGAGGUCAUUGGAGAACAUAAUUCUGAGCACUUUUUUGUUGCUACCCAGGAUGCUGAUCUUCGAAAGAAACUUCAGAAGGUGCCUAAAGUUCCUUUAAUAUUUGGCCUGAGAAAUGCCCUUUUCCUUGAGCCACCAUCUAAAUUUCAGCGUGAGAUUGCACAAUCUUCUGAAGAAAAACGCCUUCAUAUGACUGACAAGGAAUAUAAGGCAUUAGAGAAGAGGACUACUAGCAUUUUGUCAAAUGUGGAUACAGAGGAUUCAUCUGACGAGGAAGGUUUAGGUCAUCACAGUCCGGGGUUGCUGCCCCAUAAUACAAGGAAUUAUGCAGGAAAGGAAAGAGAUAUAAAGGAUAGAGUUCGAUUUAAAAGAAAGAAAGCUAAGGGUCCAAAUCCACUUUCAGUUAAGAAGAAAAAGAGUCACGAAAACCCAAAUCUUGCUUCUGGGAAGGAAGUUAAGGGUGAUGAUGGCAAUGCACAAAGCAAGAGGAAAAGGAAGAGGUCACGCAGAGGUAAAAGACUUGAUGGGACAGAUGGUGUGUAGUGACAUAUCGGUAGAGCUUUGAAAUUUUGACUUCUACUUUUGGUGUAUGACUUGGCGAGUGCUUUAGCACAUGACUCCUUGUUGUAAUUAUGAUGUUAUGCUAAUUGUGAUGCAAUAUAUUCAACUAAAUGCAACUGUGGUUUUCAUGAUGUUUUUCA